AUGACCUAUCAGUCAAAGUCGUAUCGGAAGGUACCGAAAUUGGUUUGAUUCGCUCAAUUUUUCAAUCACAGCCGAAAAAUAAACCCACAAAAGACGGAACUUCAAAACGAGAUUGUAGGCGUGAAAAUGACAAAAGCUGCGCAGGAAGGAGAGGUUUUUAUAUGAAAAUCGAGCUUUUCUAUAGAAGUAUUUUCAGCCAAGGUUCAUUUCGUGUUCCAGAAAGGUGUUAUACUUCCGGUAGGUUUGGAAACAAACGUUUAUAUUUUUUAUGGAAUCCUUCUUCUUACGCUUCCGUCCUUGUGUGACGGUUGAGGAUUUCGAAAUCCCGGUUUCCCACUACCAACAUUUUUAAACCCCUUGAUUUUGGUCACAGCGGGGAUCGAACUUGUUACCCUCUGGACCGUAUACAGGCACACAACCUGUUGCGCUAAGACCGCUAAUUUCAGAUACGAUUUAAGACAACAUUCUUCUUCUUUGCUUUCAUGGAUAGUCAUACUUUUUGGUUCUGUUUUUCCUGAAAAAUGGUUUUGCUUACAGCACCAACCCGAUGCAGUCAAAACGAGCGCGCAAAAAAUUGUGUACGAAAAGUUUGUAAAGGUAUUUUUUGAUUGAAAAUGAACUUGAACUGUUUGAAAUUUUGAAGAAAAUUACAACUAUGGGCGUACAAGCUCUCGUCGAUGAAUAUCAAGAAAAGGUUAAAGUUUACAUUCCACAGCGUUUCUCGCGAGAAGUCUUCGACGCCAACCACCCAAAGAAUCGCUAUAAAGGUUAGACAAGAUUUUGCAAACGUAAUCUUAUUUUUUUUCUUUGGUGACGUACAAGGAAACUGUAUCGGGAGUAAAAAGGAUGAAGUGUAUUUUUGUGAUAUUGAUAAUCGAUUUUCUGAGUAGUUUCGAUUAAUUUUAGACACAUGAUUUGCUUUAAACUUGAAUUUAUUAUAAAUGAUCUCAGUCAAAAAACGGUCACAUUUCACAGACGUGGUUUGCAAUGACUAUACGCGUGUUGUUCUUACCGACGGGCACGAGAGCGGCGAUUACAUACACGCCAACUACGUCCACGGCCUUCAUUCGACUUUUAUUCUAGCGCAGGUUAAUGAGAGAAGUUGAGAAAUAAACAGAAGCGUGAGAGCAUCAGAAAUAAAGAGACACUAAAGAAAGAUAGUCUCUGGUGUCUCUAAAUUUCGCAUUCACUUUUUUCAUGCAACUAUGAAGUCAAUAUCACGUCAAGCCACUUUUUUAAGGGUCCAAAAGAAAACACGAUGUUAGACUUUUGGCGAAUGGUCAUACAAGAAAAGGUCGCCAUUAUUUGCAUGCUUUGUGAGGUAUAUUCACAACUGUACGAUCAAACUUGCUGAAAAUCAUAUUUCAGACGAUUGAGAACAACCAUCCGAAGUGUUUCCAAUACUGGCCUUUGAAGCUCGAAGAAUCGGCUAACUUUGGAGGUGGAAUCAUAAUUUAUAUGACUUGGCUUGCCGAAACUUUUUUCUUCGUUUUGAAGUUUUCCAGUAACUUAUCCUCAUCGAAUUCAAACCCGAUUCUUCCUUCAAUACGUACCUUAUAACUGGAUUUCUAAAAACAGGGAUAACGGUGACAACGACGGCGGUCGACACUACUGACGCCAACAUCACGAAAACCGUGCUCCGCGUAGAAACAGCUACGACUCGCCUCGUCGUCUGGCACCUUCAUUGCCGUUCUUGGCCCGACAAGUCGGUUCCACAGUCGAGCAUGUCCGUUCUGCGACUGUUGUUCUACACCCGCGCCACCGAAAUGCCCGUCGUUGUUCAUUGCUCUGCCGGUAUCGGUCGGACCGGAACAUUGGUUUUUUUGAUGAGAGAAUCCGUUAGGUAGGUUUGAUAUUCUAGGUGGCCAUCGAAGCCGGCUUGCAAACGUUGAACGCAGGCAAGCCUUUGGACCUCGUGGAGACCUGCCGACUUAUCCGCAGUGAGUUUUUUGGCCCUGCUUCCGAAUGAGUUCACGGACACUGAACCAUUGCAGACUGCCGUACGAGCGCCGUUCAGGUCGACCUACAGUACCUUGCAAUGGCGGAAUGCAUUGCUGAAUACGGUCGAGUGAUUGGUUACUACACAGAUUCAAAUCUUAUCCGCGUAUGAUGCAGUUGAUCACCACAACUUACUCAUUUUUGCAAUUUAGGCCGUUGAGGAAUUCAAAGAGAACACUGCAAAGUACGUGGCCAAAGCCAUGGCAAACGGAGCCGUCGUUCAGCCGUGUAUCGCACCCCCUGCACAGGUUCCACUUCGAGACGAAUAGCAAUUUUCUUCGUGAUUUCAGGCUCCCGCGCCUAAAUUUGAAGAGAAGAGCGACGAUGACGAAGACGAGGGUUCCACGGUCAAGAAGAAGCCGGCGCCAAAGACCUGGAAGGUGGAGGAGUUGCUGGCUGUGCAGAAAGACAUGAGCGUUGCCGUUGGUGUCAGCCCACUCGACGAGAAUCCAGCUCCCAAUAGGAAUACGAGACAGCGGUCGAGGCCAUCGCGCAACGCGGUACUCUCAACAAAAAACUUGGAGAGAAAAUAAAUUUUGCAGGAUUCCUCAAAGUUGAGGAACAAAGUCAGCACCAUGUUGGCUCCGAAAAAUCCGAACCGAUCGUUGAAAGUUAAAAAAAAGGGUGGAAAGACUGCAAGAACGGUCCAGAGAAAGCCAUUGACGGCUACAGUCUCAUCACAUGAGAUGCAACCAGUUGAGGCUCUCAAACCUCGUUCUUCCGGCGAUUUGAAAGAGCAGAGGAGUCGGGAUUCGACCAAGGUUCACAAGAAGCAAGUGGCAACCUCGCGAGACGCGAGACCGACGCCUCCUGUAAUCGAGGUUUCAGAAUAGAGUUUAAGGAAUUCUCGGCAAUUUCCCGAUUACAGUUGCCAGCUCGAAAUGCAUCAUUAGAAGGUGGUCAGGAAUCGAGAAAAGUACCAAAGAAGGUUGGCUCUGACUUGAUAUAUUCAGCGGUUUCACUAAAAUAAUUCUAGAAGCAUUCUGGUGAAAUGCUACAAAAAACGACGUUCGUCAAGCUACAGGACGAGCACGCGGCCGCCAGAAGCCUGAUGACGAAGCCGGCGGUCACCCCACCGACACCCGACGAAAAGCCGGAACAUUCAUCGGAACAACUGUCCAAACCUAGGGUCUGUUUUAUCUUCUUUGUCAAGUUUUACCAGAGUGGUCAUUUUGCGAAUAUUGUGUUUAUGAGUUUUUUCUAUAUGUAGUUUUUUUAGAUUUAGAUCCAUUUUUUUACCAUAAAAAAUAUUUUGAGACUUUUCUCUCAAAAUUUUGUUCCUUCGAACAUUUUUCAAUCUCCUCAGCGAUUCUUUUUUAUUCGAAUAUCUUUUAUUAUUAUUUUUUUUCAGGUGUGCCCCCCGAGCGUCUACUACCGAAUGCCCAGAGAAUGA